UUUCAAAGUGCCAUGAUUGAAGAACUCCAAAGAGCCAACAUUUCACAUACAAAGUUCAUAUUUAUGGGAUUUCCGGAGACCUACAAAUACAGACGUCUGCUUUCCCUGCCAUUUUUUGUCACUUACAUUUUGGUUGUGGUGGGGAAUUCUUUACUACUCUUUGUGAUAAAAAAUACUGAAAGUCUUCACAGUCCCAUGUACAUUCUAGUGUCUGCUUUAGCAGUUGUCGACAUCAUUGUACCCACAGCCAUUGUCCCAGCAAUGCUUGUUGGCUUUCUCUUUGACUUGAAUGAGAUAUCUUUAGCUGGAUGUUUGACACAAAUGUUUGUUACUCAUUUCUUCUCUUCUGUAGAAUCCACCAUACUUUUAGCCAUGGCUUUAGAUCGCUUUGUAGCCAUUUGCAAGCCAUUGCAUUAUACUGAAAUCAUGAACUCGUCCAUGUUUUUGAAACUGCUUCUUUUAACAUUGAUAAGAAGUGGCACUAUAAUGUUCACUCUUGUCGGUUUAGCUGCAGCUUUGUCUUUUUGUGGGUCUAAUGUUAUUCAUCAUUGCUACUGUGACCACAUGGCUUUGGUUAGUUUGGCUUGUGGUUCAAUAACCAAAAACCAUGCGAUGGGACUAGUUGUGAUCAUCUGUUUUGUGGGAAUUGACAUAUCUGUCAUUUUCUUCUCCUAUGUGAAAAUUUUGCAUGUUGUGUUAGGAACUGCAGCAGGAGAGGAUCGUUGGAAAGCCUUCCAUACCUGCAGCACACACUUAAUGGUUAUGAUGUGUUUUUACUUUGUGGGCAGCAUUACAUUUCUCUCACGGAAUCUUAACAUUCCAAUUCCAAUUGAUGUUAAUACUUUUCUGGGUGUCAUGUAUAUAGUGCUACCAGCAAGUGUCAAUCCGAUCAUUUAUGGUGUGCGGACAAAAGAAAUAAGAAAUGCUUUAUUGAAAAUGUUCAAAAUAAAUAUGAAUAGAGUUUCCAUUGUAAAAAUUUCAACGAUAAAGAUUUGA